CCGGGGGCGGGGCGUAACGAGGAAGGACAGGAAUGAGGCGGGGCGCGCGCGUCAGGAAGAUGGCGCUGCGUCUGCUGCGGAGAGUGCCACUCGGGACGCCGGCGGCGGCGCUGCUGAGGCUGAAACCAUUUCUGGUAGCUGAUGUGCCCAGGCUUGGGUACAGUUCCUCAUCCAAUCACAGGUACGUUCCCCGGAGGGCAGUGCUCUAUGUACCUGGAAAUGAUGAGAAGAAAAUAAAGAAGAUUCCCUUCCUGAAUGUAGAUUGUGCGGUGCUCGACUGCGAGGAUGGUGUGGCUAUGAAUAAAAAGAAUGACGCUAGGCUGAGGAUAGUAGAAACUCUUGAAGACUUUGACCUGGGCCCAACUGAAACGUGUGUGAGAGUCAACUCGGUAUCCAGUGGUCUAGCCGAAGAGGACCUGGAGACCCUUCUGCAGUCCCGGGUUCUUCCAUCUAGCUUGAUGCUGCCCAAGGUGGAAGGUCCUGAAGAAAUCCAGUGGUUUUCAGACAAAUUUUCAUUCUACUUAAAAGGCCGAAAACUUGAACAACCUAUGAAUUUAAUCCCUUUUGUGGAAACUGCAAUGGGUUUGCUCAAUUUUAAGGCCGUGUGUGAAGAAGCACUAAAGAGUGGACCUCAAGUAGGUCUUUUUCUAGAUGCAGUUGUUUUUGGAGGAGAAGACUUUCGAGCCAGCAUAGGUGCAACAAGUAGUAAAGAAACCCAAGAUAUUCUGUACGCCCGACAAAAGAUUAUUGUCAUAGCGAAAGCCUUUGGUCUACAGGCUAUAGAUCUGGUGUACAUCGACUUUCGAGAUGGAGAGGGGCUCCUCAGGCAGUCAAGGGAAGGAGCUGCAAUGGGAUUUACUGGUAAGCAGGUGAUACACCCUAACCAAAUUGCCGUCGUGCAGGAACAGUUUUCUCCUUCCCCUGAAAAAAUCAAGUGGGCUGAGGAACUGAUCACUGCCUUUAAAGAACAUCAACAAUUAGGAAAGGGAGCCUUUACUUUCCGAGGGAGUAUGAUCGACAUGCCAUUACUGAAGCAAGCCCAGAACAUUGUUACGCUUGCCACAUCCAUCAAGGAAAAAUGAUCUGUUAAAUGAAACUCUCAUCAGAUGCUCGGCCAGGCUGCAGUCCUGAAGCUGGGAGUCCUGCCUGAAGUCUGAAGAGUGAAGUCAGUUUGUAAACAGCCAGUCAGACUUAUCAGAACAAACACUCGAUCUCGUCCCAUUCUCCCCUUGACUUUACACAGGGAAUUGGAAAGCCGUGCUCAGGUUUAGGAUAGAAUUUGACCAAAUGGAGGUGCCGUCCUCCAGUAUGGGCUCUUGUUCAGGAACCAAGGAAGUUCCUUUGGUUUAAAUGCUGAACCCUAAGUCAAAGACCAAGCUUUCUAUUUAUCAGAAAGGAUAGAAAACGCACCCUCGGAUCACCUGUGCCUAUCGACCAAGGGAGUCCUCGGUCCUUAGACUUCUCCACUGGUCAAAAUCAAUUUCUCACACUGUGUGUGCAACAUGUAAACAUCUAGAAAACUGGUCCCAGAGAUUAGUCUAAGCCCUGGAAGGAAUUUUUAAGAUUCCCUUUAUUACAUGUUAUAAGAGAGUUGAUAUACUGAAAACUCAAAUCUUGUGAAAAACAAAGAGAGACCAAAUACCAACUACAUUUUGUGAUGUUAAAACGUCUAGCUAAACGGAGAUAUUCAGUGACAAGAAACUGGAUUUUUUGGUCUACACAAUGCCAGAUAGCUGGUCUGGCCGGGUUCUGCUUUGUUUUUAAACAAUGCACAAAUUGCCUUAGUUAUUCAGACCAGAAAAUAAUCAAGAGAAAAAUGAACAUUCCAUUUCAGAUAGCCUUGUGGUGGAGAGUUUCUUCAGAAGACUAUACAUUCUAGGCUUGUGGCUUUUUUUUUUAAUUGGCUCUUUUGAGGUCCAUGGAAGGAAGAACAUAAAAACUAACAUGAAUUUCUGGCUUAGAUUCUCUGGGAAAACUGUCUUAAUAACCUGAGCACCCAAACGAGGAAAGGAACACACCCGUUUCCUCCAGCGGAUUUCCAGGGAUUGGAAUCAUGCAGCAACUUCUGGGGAGCUCUGUGAGACCUCUCCCAAUCUGGCUGGAGGGAGCUCCCAUUGCUGGGAGCUCCACCAGCAUUUCCACACUAGUGCCGCAUCACCUCUGUCAAGGGGCCCUGGUCUUCAACUCGCUGCAGCUACUGACCCUCUUUUGCAAAGCCUGUGCAUAAGCUGCAACCUCUUCCUCUCUGGCACACCCAACAAACUCCUAACCAUUCUUCCAGACAUUCCUUGAAGGUCAGUCUGUGAGAUCUCCCCAGCUUCCCACAGACGACUUGCUGUCCCUCCCCCAGUCCUUCUAUUGCACUGGAUCAGAUGGCUGCUGUAGUACUUGUUGUGUGUGUGUCCCCCACCCCCAAAGAAGAGUGUGGAUGCCCUGAAUACUGGACAUUGCCAUGCGUUCCUGCUCAUCUCUCACCCCCAGCAAGAGUUUGCGACAAGUGCAUUCAUUCAAAUUAGGAACAGUUUUUCCUCGAUCAGACACUUAGGUUCUAAUCCUGGUCAUUUCUGAUGACCAGAUUGUGUUACAUUUAGAGAGAAUAAAUGAGUAUCAGUUUCUUCAGCUAGAAUAAUAAUACCUAACUCAAAGAGUUGCUAUGAGGAGGCAGUGGGCACCAAAAUGCACCUCCGGGGUCCCCCUUCCACCGCUCCCACUCGCUGGCUCGGCCAGCCAGGGACAGUGAGGUAAGCAGACAGCCUCCAGCUGUCAGCUCCUCCUCCUUCAGCAUCUGCCUCAGAUGCAGACAGCUGACCAGGGUCUCAACCUUCUCAUGUCAGCCUGCAUCCGGUGAUGUGUAGAUUUUACCACGAUUUAAAAAAAGAAUCUUUAAAAAAGAAUGAAUGUCAAAUAAAUAAAAAAAACCAAAUGAAUAAAUAUAGUACUUUUUGAAAAGUACUAACACCACGAUUGGUGCACAGCAGGCAUUCAGAAAGGCCAAAUAAUUUCCAUCCCAGUGCUGAACCUGUGCUGUAGUCCAGGAUGGGAAACACCCCCAGCAGCAAACUGGCUGGAUAAUGAAUUUCUAUUAAGUGAACCCCAUUUUCUCAUUUACUUUUAUUGGCAGGUGAAGGAUAUGUUCUCACAGGAGAACAUAUUGGUGGGACCAAUCCCAGGACAUGCUGGGCAUGGCAGCGCACUCCCAACAGCCACGCACAUUCUAGGGGAGCUUUGUGGCUCUGUUGUUGUUGUUGUUGUUGUUCAGAACUUCCUAGUCCCAUUCCCAGACUAUGGAAAUUUCUCCCGCUAUAGAGCUAUUCUGACUACCAAUUCAUGUUUUCAUUCUGUCCAACCACCCUGAUUUUGGAAGCUCCCAAAGAUUAUACAGUACCGAUUCCUGGCUGAAGGGGGCUCCAUUCACAUAGGAAAAAAAAUGGAGUUGUGCAAAUACUGGCCCUUCUAGCGGACUUGCUCAAGGUCACACAGCUGGCAAAACCAAGACUACGACUAAUGUCUCAAAAUUAAACCGUAAACCACAUAGCUCCACACCCAAGAACUCCUCUCCUAAAACCAGAUUUCUGGUUUUACAUUAAGUUCCCCACUAAGGAAGCUCCAAAUAAGUUUUUUGAAACAAUGAGAAAAAUAGCUGAAACCUCUUUUUCAUUUUUUUUUAAUGUGGGCUCCACACCCAACAUGGGGCUUGAACUCACAACCCCAAGAUCAAGAAUCAACGGUUCACUGACUGAGCCAGCCAGUGGCCCCUGAAUCAUCUUUUUCAAUAACUCCCUCCCUCAGACACAGGGCCUGACCCAGCAGAGAUAUUUGAGCUCAUCACAACUGAAACAACUAGUCCUCAAACGCAGUCAGGAAGCUCCAUCACCAGGCAAACGCCAUCCUGAUGGCCCCUGGCUCCUGUAGGCCUGGAUCACCUCCUAGGUUAAAUAUUUCCCAUGCCUGCCCACUGAGGUCUGGUCUGAAUGGCUAGAGAAUGUCUUGGGUGGUCUAAAGAAAGGAAUACCAGUGGAGGGAUGAAGGAGCAGUCUGAAGACCUCCAGGACAGAGCUAUUUAAGCUCUCUGGGAUUCCCCUUGGCUCCAGCCUCCCGGCUCCCUCCAUGGCCUUCUUUCUCUGUCUCCUCUCUCAUCCCUGUACCUACUGUUGGCCUGUGUCCACUCCCACUCCCCUCUUCCUUAGAGUCUCCCUUUCCUUCCUCCCCUUGCAAUUCCAGAUGCAAAACCAACAAAUGUAGGAAAGAAAAUGAAAUGGGGUAAAAAAAAAAUUUUUUUUUUCCUAAUUCUGUGUCCACAUUUUGGAAGUAAAUCUAACAUCUUAAAUUGUGUGCAGGAGGCUCCAUAGUCCUUCAUUUACUAUGAACUUGGCACAGUAAGUUUAUUAGCCCAUCUUACUGCAGAGAACCCGAGUGCAGAGGACAGCUAAUAUUGUACUUUGGGAAUCAAAGUAGAAAUGCCAAUGAGACUGCUAAUUAUUCAGUAAAUUAAAUAUCGCUGCCAAAACUGCUAUUCCUAAUAUCCUGCAUUUGAUCAUGUUGUCUUAAUGCAAAGGCAACAUUCAGAUUCUAUUUAUGCGAUAAAGAUGAGGAUCCUGCAAAUUGAUUACUGGUUCUUUAUGUUUUACUAGAAAUUAUUUGAUAUGCAGCCUGAAAUUUAUGUUACUUAUAAGUAACAAUGUUCAAGGAUAUAAAAUUUGAUUUCUGUCCUGUUCUUAACCGUAUUCCUUUUGGGGCCAGAGCAGGGCGAGGGGGAGCAUUACUAGACAGGUAGCAAUAAGUGAUUAUUUACAAAAACAGAUAUUUUCAAAUUAUGAUAAACAUUCCAUUUUACAUAACUAAAGGUGUGACGCCCCCCCCCAAUCAUUUUUUACAACUAUGUUUUGUAAAAGCCUUUAAAAAAAUCAAUUAGCCUUUGUGUCGUCUAAGGAACUUUAAAUUGCGGAAUAUAUUUAUGAGAAUAUUUAAGGUAAAUAUUUCCAAAGUAAGGAGCAAAUGAAUGGGCCAUAAAUUUGCAUGCACUGCCUCUGAAAACGAGCACAUUUUAAAAUGGUUUGUUCAAACGGAGCCAUUGGCCUUUUUCCUUCCUUCUCAGAGAGCAUAUGUGUUAGAUUAGUACUCAGAAAAGAGCAUGAUUUCAUAGCCUCCAGUGCUGCAUUUAUAAAAAUUGUGAUGAUUUUAGGACUGCACCUCCAUUUUUUGAAUUUUCAAAACUUGUCCCUUUUUACUCUUUUAUUUUCUUUCAACAAAGCAAAGACCGAAGAACCCUUUAAGAAAUUUUAUACAUUCCCACAGAGUCCCAGUUUGUUGACCUUCAGGCCACGGAGUAAAACCUUCCUUUUAAGUCAACCAUUCCCCAUUGGGAAGCGCUCCAGCUUUUUCUUUUUAUGAGGAAUUUUAACUGCUGGACUUAAUUUAAUUAUUGUAUUUUGUACAUACUCCCAGAAGCCCCAGGGCAUGAGCUUUACUUUUUUUCAAAACUUUCAAAUGAAUCUUUAGAAAUGCACAUUUCUGAUGGUAAUAUUACUUCUUUCACUUGUAUUUCUAAUCUAAAUACCAAACUUGGAUCUGUUUCCUGACUUAUUCACAGAGAGUUUCAACCUCGCAUCUCUGCCACAGAUACACUUGUGAGUCCACAAGUAAGGAUGUGGUUAUUUGAGCCUUCAGUGUGGAUGCCUGGGCUUUAUAAUAACAAAAUAAAAAUCAUCCCCAGCUGAACUCAUUUUAAAAAGUUGAUGGUUCUGGGAACGAGUCUUCAAUAAGAACAGUUCCUAGGUAGACGUUGCUUUGAAAUCAGUAGCAUGCUGGCCCCAUGGCUGCAGUGUGCCAUCAUCUGUCCUUUUCGUGUCUAUGAGAUCCCCUCACGCAUAUCAACUGCUCCUCCCGAUCCCAGCAGACGCUCAUGUGCAAACACACACUCACGCAUAGGGAGUUGUCAUCCCAAGCUAACAGCAAAGAUUCAAUAUCUUCAUUUCUCCCAUACCUUUGUCCACAAACAUUUUAUUGGGUCCCUUUUCUAUUAUUAUUAUUGGAGUUCAAUUUGCCAACAUAUAGCAUAUCACCCAGUGCUCAUCCCGUUAAGUGACCCCCUCAGUGCCCGUCACCCAGUCACCCCAUCCCCCUGCCCACUUCCCCUUCCACUACCCCUUGUUCACUUCAUUGGGUCCUUUUGAUUUCCAAAUCAAACACUUUGACCACAUCUUGACCAUCAAAGGGGAAAAAUAAUUUGGGGAGGGGGGUAAUUCCCUUAAAACUCAGUUAGGAGUGUUGAAAUGCAGGGCAAACAUAAAUUUUCAAAAUUCAUAAAAUCUGACCAAAAUACCUUAAUGGGGUUGGAGUUGGGCUAGUUAUGAAAUAAAUUUCAUUUUAG